GGCUGUGCGGAGUGCGCAUAGACCAUGGACUCCUAGUGGUAGCGCUGAUGAGACCUAGAGAGGAUACGCUGUUGAACUGAAUACUGCAACAUCUACUUGACUGUAUAUUGAGUGCAGGCUAAGCACAUGGGAUAUCGGGGAGUGGGUGGUUCCCUUUCAUAUAACCAUUUAUUUCUUUAUUGAAGUGAAAGAAGUAGUAGAGUUUGUUUAGAACAUUAAAAAUAUCGUUGAGGAACUGUGGAGACAACGGUGAAGAUUCUCAAGGUGCGCGAGACGCGUCUCAAGGAGGCGAAAGCAAGACCGCAACUCCAAAUGCGAGAAAGGGCUAAUGUGUUCCGCCAACAUUAUUUGAAUAUCUGCUUUCAUGUAGAGUAUACUAUUUUGGACAUAUUUAAAAAACAAAAAUUACUUGUGCGAGUUAACUCAAGGGACCGCAGCUGGAAUAACACUGAGGAUUGCCAGUGACUGAUUUGGUUCUUGGCGAAUUGGGAUGAGUCUAUCCCGGGCUCGAAUGAGCUGUCUAAAAUGAAUCCUUUCAAUUCCUGGACAUUGCAACUGGCUUUAGUCAGUAACUAAGACUUUUAUAUUUACUACGACAAAGGAGGAGUAGAAUUUGCCACCGUUUGGACUUCGUUCUCUGGUUAAAUCUGGAAUUUGCGUGCAGACCGUGGAUGUUUAAUAUGCUAGUAUGGGUCCGCUAGCGUUCAUCCUUGUUGGUGGAUUAUUGUACUUACAAGUUGAUGGAUCCCGUCUGCGCCAGGAGGACUCCCCGCCCCGCAUCGUGGAGCAUCCCUCCGACCUGAUCGUGUCCAAGGGGGAGCCGGCCACCCUCAACUGCAAGGCGGAGGGUCGGCCCACCCCCACGGUGGAGUGGUACAAGGACGGGGAGCGGGUGGAGACGGACAAAGACGACCCCCGCUCUCACCGCAUGCUGCUGCCCAGUGGCUCCCUCUUCUUCCUGCGCAUCGUCCACGGACGACGCAGCAAACCGGACGAGGGCUCCUACGUGUGUGUCGCCCGCAACUACCUGGGAGAGGCCAUCAGCCGCAACGCAUCGCUGGAAGUAGCAUGUGAGUCUGUCUGCCUCUUACCUGUCCGGUCCUGCCUCGACUUGUCUCUGCCU